AUGACGCAGCGAACGCCGUACAUGGAAGCAUGCGAGCGCGCGAAUGCGCCGAUCCUGCGUGAACUCUUGCGCGCCGGGGCCCAUUUGCACUGGCGUGACAAGCAGAACAGGUGCGCCGCAGACGGAAUCAUCGACGCGACGAUCCGCGCCAUGCACGAUGCGGCGGCGAGCACGUGGACGCCGGCGACGAGUGGUCUCUUUCCGACGCCCUUUCGCAAAGCCGGACUCGCCCUUGCGUUUGUCGCCAAGUGCCAAGCAACCGCGUCGGCUCGUGCGCAGAAGUGUGCGACGCGGGUGGCGUUGGCCGCGCGGAUCGCACUGCAGAAGCGAUUGGUCGAGUGCAAAGUGCGAUAUGACACGGAAAAACGGCAGAGCGAUGGGCAGCUCGUCUUGAUCCGACGUCGCGCUACCAUGGACGCGGUCGACGAGAGGUUUGACGGGGCGCGGGCCGCGAUUCUGGUCGAUGCCGAAGCCGCUGUGCUCGCGCGCCGCCGGGCGUCGGAGCCGCGGGCACUGUGCACAUCCGACCUAUUUCGCAUUCUUUCAUACUGCACGUACGUGCCCAUGGCACCGUCGCACGUCCGCAUCUCGGCCAGCGUGCCGUCGCGCGCAGUCGCCGACCAGCUCGCCGCCAACGCCGUCACUAUGGAUGCGAUUUGUGCUGAAAUGCUAGCGAUCGAAGCCACGCAAACCAUCGAUCCGAGUCGUGGCGUCUCGUGCCUCAAGGAAUCAGGCGAGAGCCAAGCCACUGUGCGCGUCACGAUUCUGGAGGCGCGUCACCUCCCGCGCCGCGUCAACCGGCAACUGAUCGAUCCGUUUGUACGGGUUCGCGUGCUCGAAAAAAGCGGCCAAGUCGCUGCGCCUUUCGAAGCGACGGACCCGCGCUUCGACGACGAGUGGCCGUCCUGGGACCAUGCGCUGACGUUUCCCGUGCCGUCGAUCCACUGCGACGUGCACGUUCAAGUUGUCGAUACGGCCAGCGGUCGCCCCGAGCUCGCGGGCGAAGUGCGCCUCCCGCUACGGUCGUACCUCGACCAAAAAGAGCACGACGAGUGGCUCACUCUGCCGCCGACGCUCAAGCAGCAGCUGCUCGAAGGCCCCAACGCCCGGACGCCGCCGGCGACGCUGCAUGUUCUCAUUGCGUUCACCCACGCCAAGGUAUAA